CCUAGUCACUCUGUACAAGAGAGAGUCGACGCAGAAGCAAUUCGCUGACAACGAGCACUCAAAGAGAGAGAGAGAGAGAGAGAGAGAUCAGAGAUCGAACCUAGCAACACUCCGAAGCUAGAAAGCUCGAAGCUCGAAGCUCGAAGCGAAAGCAAUGGCGAGAUACGAUAGAGCCAUCACCGUGUUCUCACCCGAUGGCCACCUAUUCCAGGUGGAGUACGCGCUCGAGGCCGUACGCAAGGGCAACGCCGCCGUCGGAGUCCGCGGCACCGACACCAUCGUCCUGGGUGUCGAGAAGAAAUCCACCGCCAAGCUCCAGGAUUCCAGAUCGGUGAGGAAAAUUGUUAACUUGGAUCAGCACAUCGCAUUGGCCUGUGCUGGCCUUAAAGCAGAUGCUCGUGUAUUAAUAAAUAGGGCGCGAAUUGAAUGCCAGAGUCAUAGGCUUACAGUUGAAGAUCCAGUGACCGUCGAAUAUAUCACGCGUUACAUUGCUGGUCUUCAGCAAAAGUAUACACAAAGCGGGGGUGUGAGACCAUUUGGUCUUUCAACUUUGAUUAUUGGUUUUGAUCCCUACACUGGUGCACCAUCACUGUAUCAGACAGAUCCUUCGGGGACAUUUUCAGCCUGGAAAGCUAAUGCCACUGGCAGAAAUUCCAAUUCCAUACGGGAAUUCCUGGAGAAAAACUACAAAGAAACUUCAGGGCAGGAAACUGUGAAACUUGCUAUUCGUGCAUUACUUGAGGUUGUCGAGAGUGGGGGAAAGAACAUAGAGAUUGCUGUGAUGACAAGAGAGCAUGGCCUGCGACAGCUCGAAGAAGCUGAAAUCGAUGCCAUUGUUGCUGAAAUCGAGGCUGAGAAAGCUGCUGCAGAGGCUGCAAAGAAGGCCCCUCCUAAGGAAACUUGAUUGUAUGCCAUUUGUUCGUGGCCCGUGACUUUCCAAUAGUUUUUCCCUCUCCUACUCAUCUACUGCCCCUAGAUGCAAACUGAGGAUGCUUUCCUAGCUUUUAAUGUCCCAAACAUGUCUGCUUCUGAUUUAUAGUUGUGUUAAGGACUUGUGAUCGUGUGUGGGGAAGCCGGUUUUCACUGGUCCCUGAAAUGUAGUCUGUUAUCUGCAUGCCAUGAAGUUCUAUUGGAGAACAGCAUUACGUGCCAGUGA